AAUCAAAUAAAUUGCAAACAAUUAACUAAGCAACAAAACUUCCCACCCCAAUAAAAAAAUAUAUAAAUGUUGCGCGUGCGCAAACUUAAAACCGGCGUGUGAUUCAAGGUUUCAAACCUCCAAAUCUGAAUCAAACAGGAAUUUCAACACGGACCGUGCACAAACGGUCGCCAGUUCCCGAAAAAGGUAUUCAAGCGGUGUCGGCAAAAUGUGGCCCGAAGUAGAAACGGUCCAAAAGGAAAAUCGUCACGAACUUGUGUUGUCGGGACAUGUAAUCAACGAGAGACUUGAGAAGAACGGCUUGGACAGUCACAUUUUCGAGUUGGACAGCCUCAAUUACUUGAACAUUUCGGACACCAAACUAGAAAACGUGCCGGACGAAAUCGGUAAGCUCGUCAACUUACAGUCGUUGGUUUUGCACAGCAACAAGCUGGAAGUGUUCAACGAGAACAUUUGCAAGUUACCCAAACUGAAGGUGCUGGAUCUGUCCAAGAACCAAUUGAAAAGCGUGCCCGAAAGUCUGGGACAGAUGACGCAGUUGGUCACGUUGAAUUUAUCACAGAAUUUGUUGGAGACGUUCCCCGAGAUGACUAAAACUGUUAAGCUGACAGAUUUGCACUUGCACAACAACAAACUGACGAGCUUCCCCAACAUUUGCAGCAACGAAUUAACAAACUUUUUCGAACUGAACAUCAAGGCAAACGAAAUUGAAACGGUCCCCGCUGAUAUUAACAAGUUGCAGAGCCUGAAAGUGUUGGAUAUGAGUUCAAACAAGAUCAAAAGUCUUCCCGGUGAGCUGGCAGACUGCACCAAGCUAAAGGACUUGAAUCUCAAGCAGAAUCCGAUAGCAGACAGGCGCCUUUUCAAACUAAUCGAGCAGUGCAAGCCCAAACAAGUGCUGGACUAUAUUAAACAACAUUGCCCAAGAUCAAACAAUGAAAUCACCCAAUCGAAGAAAGGUAAGAAGGGCAAAAACCGUACGGUCUCGAUCGAAAGCGACGACGCCGACUACAAAUACACCAUAACGGUGCAAAGAUCCCCGGAAAACGGAAUUUGGGUGGACGUGGAACCGUCAGUCAAAACAGUACGUGAGCACAUACUGUGCUGCGUGAUCCAAGACGUCAAGUUCACCGAAGAACUGUACAAAAAGUUCAUACAGCUUCAGAACAAGCUGCACGAAACUGUGUGCGAGAGGAGAAACGCCGCAACCAUCGCCACCCACGAUUUGAACAAGCUGCCUAGUGGACAGUUGUUGUACACGACAAAGACGCCGCAGGAGCUGCAGAUUAAGCCUCUGAACAGGGCUGGCUUCAUGACCGGUGCAGAGCUGUUUUCCAGACUGCAGACAGAGGCCAACAACAUGAGGAAGGAGAAAAAGAGGAACACCUACUCGGGCCUGCACAAGUAUCUGUAUCUGAUCGAGGGCAAGCCCAGGUAUCCUUGCCUCUUGAAUUCGGCGGCUCAGGUCAUUUCCUUCCCUCCCAUCACCAAUUCUGAUAUUUCAAAGAUUGAAGUCCAAACCAGUUCUAUUUUUGUGGAGGUGACAAGCUCCUUGAACAUGGACACUUGCAGGAAAGUGCUGGACACUCUUCUGAGGGAAACCGUGGCUCUUUUCGAUUCCGAUUUAACCGUCGUACAAGUUAGAACCAUGUCAACUCAGGAUGGCGACUUCAAAUUGAAGGGGGUUUAUCCAGCCAAGGUCGAUUUGAAUUAUGCCACUGGCGUUAAUAUUAAAGUUGUCAGGGAGUGAUUGACAAUUUAUAUUUUUUUACUUUUAUAAAAAUGAAUUUUGUGUUAAUUAUUUUGCAUUUAGUUAUAAGGAAUAUCGUUUUUUUGCUUAGCAUUUGAUUUGUUGUUUGAUUAUUGUAAGGUCAGUAAAACUGACUGUUAUUCAUGUUCAUGUUUUGUGUUAAAUAUAUUUUUUGGUUUAUAUCUUAUUUAUUUUCAAGAAUUUGUUACAGACUGAACUGAAUAAGCUUCGCUUUUUUAAGUUUUUGUUUGGAUAAUAAACUUUAAUGAAAGUUUUAA